AUGCAAAGCAAAACUCUUUACUCCAUUUUCACGAUCUCCGCCUUAUUGUUGAUUGGACUUGUCGUUCUGUUUAAAUAUCCCGCAAAUGCACCUGGUGAAGAAUCGCUAGGACCACAAGUACAUUCUUUGAAACACACUAGCGAGGCCCUACAAAAUAAUGCUGUGGUGAUGCUACCCACAGUAUCAUCUGCAUCUCUGGCUCUUGAUCAAUCCAAACCAUCCAGGAUAACGUUUUCUGAGCUAAUCAAGGCUCCAGCAAAGCUUAUGUUUGGAGAAAAAGCCAACUCUUCAGGCAGUGUUGCAAUUGCAGUAGCAAUGGUCAUCUCUGCUUCCAUUCUCGUGUGUGUUCCUUUGACCGUAUUGUUUAUCAUUUACAUGAACAGUAAGAAUGAACAACUUUCUCAAUACGAAUCUGUUUGCACAAGAAGAUACUUUUUGUUGCCACCAUUGUUUCUUUUGACGGUUUCUACGAUAGUACUUGGCUUUCCCAGUCUUUUUGAGGGCUUAAUCGGGAAAAUUAUCACGUUCCAAAAUGCAGAUGAUUCAACCCAUGCUUUUAACUUGUCUUUUGUUCUUUUGUUCACUGUAGGCUUUGGGUUUGCUUUGAGCGAAUACGGUUUUGCCGGUUUUUGGAUUAUGAUCGAGCUAUUUAAGGGGGUUAUGUUCUCGCGCGAUUUUCGCCAUGGUCUCCAAAAGCGUUCUUAA